GAGAUGGGGAGGGGUUUUGAACUGUCGUCACACGAGAGGAAGUCACCACCAGUCACCAGACCAAAAUUCAUAUCCUCCGCAUUCAAUCCGGUGUGUAAAGCGCAAGCCUACGAUUUCGAAAACCCAAAAUCCCCUUUUCACUUUACCCUUUCAAAAUCGGAUCAAGAUUCACAGAUUCUUUCAUUUCUCCAACCUAACCUAGGGUUUUACUUUUGUAGAUUAAUCAAUGGGGCAACAGUCUUUGAUCUACAGUUUUGUCUCCAGAGGCACCGUCAUUCUCGCCGAAUACACAGACUUCACCGGCAAUUUCACCUCUAUUGCUUCCCAGUGCCUUCAGAAGCUUCCUACAACCAACAAUAAGUUCGCAUACAACUGUGACGGACACACUUUUAAUUAUCUUGUUGAAGAUGCCUUCACAUACUGCGUUGUGGCUGCUGAAUCUGCUGGUAGACAAGUUCCAAUGGCUUUUCUUGAGCGAAUAAAGGAUGACUUUAACAAAAAAUACAGUGGCGGGAAAGCUGAUACAGCUGUUGCCAAUAGUCUGAACAAAGACUUCGGACCCAAGCUGAAGGAGCAGAUGCAGUAUUAUGUGGACCAUCCUGAAGAAAUCAGCAAGCUUUCGAAGGUCAAAGCCCAGGUUUCGGAAGUCAAAGGUGUGAUGAUGGAGAACAUUGAAAAGGUUCUGGAUCGUGGCGAGAAAAUAGAACUUCUUGUGGAUAAAACCGAGAAUCUUCGCUCUCCGUUUUUAUGCAGAAAAUGGCUGAUCAACGCAAGCUGGAUAUUGAGGCGUUUCACAAUCUAGUGGGGUAUCUUUCGGAUCCACCAGCAGAACAUUAUGAAGAGUUUAACUCAUUGAUUGUCGGGUUAAAUUCAUGUCGUAUUACACAUGCGUUAAAGGCAAAUCCCGUAAUCUGCAUCGAUAUGAUCAAGGAUUUUUGGUUAACUGCCAAGGUAAACCGAAGCGGAGCAGAAGGAUCAGGAUCCAUAGAUGCAAAAAUUCAAGGAAAGGAUAUUGUGAUCUCGGAAGCGGUGGUUCGUGAAGUUUUGAAAUUUGACGAUCAACCUCAUCAUCCAACAACAUUCGGUAUGGUUAAAGUAAUGAAGGCGUUGAGAAAAAUGAGUUAUGAAGGCGACUAUCCUACUGUUUUGAAGAAGUUAUUUCCACCAUACUGGAGGUUGCUGGUGCACGUGCUGUUAUUUUGCUUAUCAGAAAACAAGGGUGGAUUGGAUCAGUUAAACCAGAUUCAGGCAUCUGCUAUGGUAGCGCUUGUGAACAACUGGGAUUACAACUUUUCUGCGUUCGUUUUUGAUAACAUGAAAAGUAUGUUGGAGAACCCAAAGAAGAAGAUUUUUAUGCUCUAUCCUCGUUUCAUUCAGAUGAUUCUCGAUGAGAAGUAUCCAGAACUGGUUAAGAGUGCAAAUGUAUUGAACCUGAAGUCGAUGGGUCCGAAUUGUUUUGAUUCAAUGAAGAGAAACCGAGAUUCUGCGAAGAGGCAUCAAUUUUUAGGGAAGUAUCCACUGAAGAAACAUGGAAAGUUUGGACCGGUUGUAGGUCAGGUGUCAGCUCCGAAACCACUAAAUGCCACAGUUGCAGUUAAACCUGAUAUUGAGACAGAGAAUUUAGUGACUGAUGACGAAGGAAUCGAGAGUGACGUGGACCUGAUAGAGUCUGAGCAAGCUGAAGUACCUGUUAGAGAACUACCUGUCAUGAAUUCAGAAAAUCUUGUUGUUUUAAUCGAGUCUAUCACGAGAAGCCUUGAGAAUCCUCCUUCCGUGGCUGAUCAUACAUUGGAAGAGCAAGUUCAAGAUGAUACUAUUGAAGAUAGUGAUUUAGUAUCGCGCAAGAGACAAAGAGUUGAACCUGAACCAAGUGUUGCUGAGCAAGUGAGCCCUACCGUUAAAACCGAGCCUGAAAUUGCAACUACAACAGCUCAAGAAAAUGUGGUACCAGAUUUCUUUGAAAAGUCAUUUCCAGAGACAACUACCAGACUUGAACGAGAAAGUUCGAGUGGUGUUCGGUUUGUUGUUGGUGGUAGCUCGAAUGGUGGUAUGUCUGAACACGAAGAACAUUUAUUACGAGCUGCUGAGAAAAGGAAGGUCAUUGAGGAUUCUGACAGUGAUGAAGAUACAGAUGUGGAUGCGGUGAAGUUACAAAAUAGAGUGAUCGUGUUAGAACAAGAUUCAAUUCUGAAAGAUGCCCAGAUCGCAUCGUUGCAAGUUCAGGUGACCAAUAAAGAUCAAACUAUUGAAGAGUUACAGAGUGAUGUGAAAAUGUUAAUGUCAAUGGUAAUUGAUUUGAAAGCGAAGUUUGAGAAGAAGUCUGGACGUGAAUUUGCUGAUAAAGAUGAUGAUCCAAUGAGUGUUGAACAAAGAGAGAGAACAUCUGAAGAACGAGAAGCUACUUUGAAUGGAUAUCUUGAAACAACACAGAAGAAGAGCAAGUUGCCACAAAAGAAGCAGAGCAACAAACAGAUGCUUAUAAUGAAAAAUCAAGAUGUGAAUCAUGUAGAUGAAAACUUUCAGGCAAAAGAUCCAACGAAGACAUCUGAUCGAUAUGUUAUGGAAUUGGGAAAGAGUCACUAUGACAAAGUUGGAAAUAAGUCUGGAAUUACAAGCUGGAGGUAUGAUCACGACAAGAAGAUGUGGUUGGUGAUUAGGGAUGGUGGACACAGAGAGUAUUACUCCAAGGAAUCUCAGUUUGAAUCGUGGACAAAGAUUGAUCUAAAGAAUCUGCUGCGAGCUCCUUAUCAUGAUUCUGAUCCUAAUCAGCGUGGAAGAGGAUGGGCAUUCUUAUCGAAGCUUGAAAGGGAAGUCGAGAAUUGUUGGGCCCUAUAAUUAGUAUUGUGGGCUAGAGGUUGAUUAGUUGUUUUGGGCUUGUAAUGUGGGCUAGGGGUGGGGGCGAUAUGGGCUUAGGUUUAGGGGGAGUUGUGGGCUAAACCUCCCUUGUAAAUACUUGUUUAGUUAUUCAGGUUUAGGUUGUUGACUCUAAAAGUUUCUGCUGUAAUUUGUAUCCAACAAUUCAAUUGUACGCAAGUUAAGCUUUUGGUUAUAAUCAUUUUGUUUCAUC